AUGACAACCGACGCCAAGACGGUCCCGCGCCGCGCCGAGCUCCGUAAGGUCAAGUUCGGGAACACGGACAUGAUGGUCACGGAGGUGUGCGGCGGGACGAUGACGUGGGGAUCGUUCAACGACGAGGAAGAGGACGCGCACGCGCAGCUCGACAAACUGUGGGAGCUCGGCGUGAACUUCUUGGACACCGCGGAGCUGUACCCGGUCGGGUGGAACUACGGCGCGCUCACGGAGAAGUGGAUGGGGAACUGGCUCGGUGCGUCUUCUUCAGCGCGGACGCGCGCCAAGCUGUACAUCGCGACCAAGGUCAACCCGUCGACCGUCGGCGCGGAGCACCCGACGCGCAGCGGCGCGCACGGGUACGACGAAGAGAUCGUCCUCUGGUCGUGCCAGAAAUCCAUCGAACGCCUCAAGUGCGGCUACGUCGACCUCUACCAGAUCCACUGGCCGUCGCGCGAUUGCCCGCUGAUGUCCACGCCCACGUUCGCGCCGGACGGGAAGAACCGCAUGAUGCCGUUCUUCGACCGCGGCACUCAGGAAGACUUCGACAGGACCGUGCGCUCGAUCAAGACGCUCUUCGAGCGAGGCCUGAUCAAGCACUGGGGCGUGUCCAACGAAAACGCGUACGGCAUCACGAUGCUAUGCAACGCGUGCGUCAAGCUGGACUGCCCGCUGCCGGUGUCGUGCCAGAACGACUUCUCGCUUCUCAACCAGACGUACGAGUGCGACACGUACGAGGCGGCGUACCGCUUCGGCGUCGUCGGCCUCCCCUACGGCGCGCUCGCCGGCGGGACGCUCACGGGGAAGUACUUUGAAAAGACCAAACCGGAAUACGCCGCCAAGGAUGCGACGGAGCGCCCGCUCGAGAAGUGCCGCCAUCGCGUCAUGGCGGACUUCCAGCCGAGGUACGGCAGCAAGGCUGCGAUGGCGGCGACGCGCGAGAUCGUGGACAUCGCAGAGGCGUGGGGCGUGACGCCGACGGAGCUGUCGUUGGCGUGGGCGAUCGGUCGGCCGUGCAACGCGAGCGUCAUAAUCGGGACGACGACGACGCGGCAGGUGGAGGAGUGCGUCGGCGCGGCGCUGUUGGACUUACCGGACGCGCUCGUGAAGGAGCUCGACGCCGUGCACGAGAAGUAUCGGAACCCGUGCAUGUACUACGCGGACAAGGAGGUGUGGAACGCGCACGGCGGCGCGGGGAGGGCCGCCGCGGUGCCGGAGGGCGCCGCGGUGCCGGAGGAGUGA